AUGGGUAUUAAUGUUUGCGAUGAAAAUGCUCAGUUUAAUCAGUAUAAUAUAUUUCAUGGCAAAGCUGAUGCCAGUAGAAGUCUAAAACUGAACUUACAAAAGACUAAUAGAGGAUUUCAAAGAAGAGAUCUAAAUUAUCAGGAACCAAUUGAUAGUGAGUCAUCUCUGAAACAAGUCGCAGCUCAACAAAAGAUCCCUGAUAAUAAAUUAAAUUGGACGUUAGAUUUUGAUAAGUGUAUAGGUGAUUUGGGAACAAUUAAUUAUGAUUUCAUUCCUGAUUCACCAUCUUUAUAUGGUGUUCUCUAUCAUAGUGAAAGAGAUAAAAUGUGCAAAAUGUUAGACCACUCAAUUGCCAUGGAAUUAUCUGCAAAUGUUUUUGUAGAUUUUGAUGAAUCAAGCACUUUUGAUUGUGUUCCAUUUUAUAAGUGCUAUGAUUACGAAAAUAGGAUAGAAUUGGAUGAUCCAUACGCAAUUGUUAGUUCAAUGAUUGAUUAUGAAAUGAAACAUGAGAAACCAGUAUUUCCACGAGAAUUAGAAUUUCAAGAAUUGAAAAGCUUUUUAAGGUUCAUACAUAUAAUAUUAUAUUACUUAUUUGGAAUAGAUAGAACAGGUUAUUAUAAACUCAAAGACGAGAGAGAUAGAUUUCAUUACAAUAUAUCAAACGAAUUGACAGCUAGCCUAAACUAUAAAGAUAAAACUGUAAAUCUAAUAAACCUGAAUGUUCAAAAUAGCGAUUAUCAUUUUAAUGAAAGUGAUUUAAGUAUCGAUAUUGUUGACGAAAAAAGUCAAACUAAUAGUUCAGAUGAUGAGGAACUUGAAAAUGGUGAAGGAGAGACGGCUUCCAGCGACAUAGUGGAUCAAAAUUCAUUUGAUGUAAAUGGAAGCAUAAUAGUUUAA